CCUUGAGGGUGGAGACCAGGGGCGGACUGACCAUUUGGAAACUCGAGCACUGCCCGAGGGCCCGGGGUCAGUAGGGGGCCCCAUGAGAUGCCCCUGGUACCUUUUUCAUAGGCUUUUUCGAGUUUGGGCAAGGACACAGGGGCCCCAUGAUCCCCUAUUGCCUAGGGGCCCCAUAAGUUGUCAGUCCGCCCCUGGUGUCCGCCCCUGUAUGUACUAUAUAUAUAUAGUCCCAAGGGCAGUUGCAAGU